UAUUCUGUUUUUUAUUUAUUUUGUGUAGUAGAGAAAUAGAUGUUUUCUAUUCUUUUGCUUAUGGAAAGGUCUUAAGUAAUUGGAGGAAGGGCUAUCCUUAUUGCUUUAUAAUUAAUACUGUGUUUUGAAUUCCAUUUUAUGGAAGAACCCAAAUUCUCUGUAAUUAUUCUGUUUAUUCCAAGGGCAUGGCACUGGCCAACUUUAGAUUUCUAUGAUUCUGUGAUUCUCUGUGGUAUUGAUGUUUCUGCUUUCCACCCAGAUGGCUUAUACAUGGGGCUCAGACACAGACUAUGAAACUACAACUUUCAAUUAUACUGACGACCUCUCUGACUUCUCUGGCCACCUGUGUGAGAAUGAUGAUAACUUUAACUUAGUGACUCUGAACCAUACGGUCUUCUACGUCUUGGUGUUUGUCUUCAGCCUUGUUGGGAACAACCUAGUGGUGUGGGUCCUGGUGAGGUAUGAAAGUCUGGAAUCCCUCACCAACAUCUUCAUCCUUAACCUCUGUCUCUCUGACCUACUCUUCUCUUGUCUGCUACCCUUCUUGAUUGCGAUGCACUACUAUAACUGGAUUUUUGGAGAGUUCUUGUGCAAGCUGUACAACUUGCUUUUCCACAUCAGCCUCUACAGCAGCAUCAUUUUCCUGAUGGUAAUGACGGUCCAGCGGUACCUGUCUGUGGUGCAUCCCUUGUCAAGCCUGGGCAGCUACUCCCGCCGCAGCAGAGCUGGGAUCAUCACAGGCAUCUGGGUGGCCAGCAUCCUGGCAUCUGUUCCCGAUACCAUUUUCCACACGGUGCUCUCCGACAAAUCUUGUCAUUAUUCUGAGCUCAAGUGGUUCCUACUGUCUGUCUACGAGCACAACUUCUUCUUUCUCUUCUCCAUGGUGAUCAUUCUGUUCUGCUAUGUUCAGAUUCUCAGGACCCUGUUUCGGUCUCCCUCCAAGAGGCGACACCGGACAGUCAGGCUCAUUUUCAUCAUUGUGAUGGUUUACUUUCUCAGCUGGGCCCCCUACAAUGUGAUCAUGUUCCUGAUUACACUGAUAAAACUCCAGCUCAUCCAGAACUGUGAAGUCAGCAAGCACAUAUUCUACUCUUUUGAAAUCUGCAAGGAGAUCGCCUUCUCCCACUGUUGCUUCAACCCGGUGCUCUAUGUGUUUGUGGGGAUUAAGUUUCGGAGGCACCUGAAAAUGCUCUGUCACAGAAUCUGGCCAUGGAAGUGGAACCUUAGCCCUUUACCCCAAUCCCCGGGGGCUUUCUUUUAUGAUGAAGCUUCCUUCUACUGAAAAGCUUCUUCCAAGGAAGAAGUAUCCCACUAGCUUCCCCUUAUGGGAGGAAGCUUAUAGGACAGGACUGCUGGUAUUUUUAUCUCUAGGGAGCAGGGUAGGCUAUAGAAUGGGAGGGUAGAGAAAUAACAAGAUUACUUACCUUAUAUUUUACUUAUGUAGUUUAUGGUGAGCAGAUUUCAAGUGGAGCAAAAUGAUCAUUAGACUGAGAACUAGUACGUUAACCAUCAAGGAAAAUGCUUCCUGGAAGCUGAAUUGAAGUGAUUUAUUUGGGGAGGGGGGAGAAGAAGAAGGAAUGAGGAGCCAAGAAAAAGGAGCGCAACUUUAUUUUUCUGCUUUUCAGAUCUAAGUGGCAGUUGGUGUUUAGCAUUGGACAGAUUUGUCGGGUCUACAAGAUGGGGGAGAUGGACUGGUCAAAUUCAUAGCCAUCUGGUACCACUUCAUGACCAUCUCAUUGUCACCUUCUGAUCUCCUGGAGCAGAGUCAAGCUCAAAGGCAAAGCAAAUUUAUUUUCUACCAAUCAGGUCAAGGGGAUAGUAUUUUAAAAAUUAACCUCAUCCAGACUGGUGGCUGCAUUGGGUAACUAAAAAAGAGAAUGUCUAUCUCCAGUGGAAAAGCAUAGAAGGAACAGGAUUGAAGCUGAGUAGAAAUGAAGAUUGUGGGGAGGUGAGAAUAGGAAGUGAAAUCAGGGAAUGCAAAAAUAAAUCUGAAGCUUGAUCACCAGUUCACCAACCAAAGAUGUUUGAAUGGGGAAAAUUUGCUUGGGGAAUAAAAAUAUUAACUUUCCUUUAGUUGAUGCUUUAAGAUUUAGAUGUAUUUUCAUAUAGAGAUAUAGACAAAUGUAUAGAUAUGUAUGUAAACUUUGUAUAUAAGCCAAUUCUAAACUGAGUAAAUUGAUCACUGAGCUAAGAAUUACAACAUUGUCAUCGAGGAAAAUGCUUCCUGGAUGCUGCAUCUAGGGGAUUUCUUUUGGGGGGAAUUGAGAGUAAUGGGGACAUGAGCAAAUA